UGCUCCGCAUACAUUCGAGAUUGAAUUUCCGGAUGUCAGCCGUCCUUCAGAAAUAAGGGGACAGCAAAAUCCAUAAAUUAGAGAAAUAAGCUGCAGAAAAGAUUGCCUAUCCAGAAAUCCCUGCCUUUUUCUUGUCAACAGCUACAAAAAGUCUCCUCCAUCUUUCACUCUCAUACCUAUAUGUAAAACACCAAUCCCCUCGAACCAACCCAAAAUCCACAUACCCCGCCGUCGCCACCACCGUCAAGGUAUAAAUAUACAAUUAUGGGAUUUCAGGAUGAAGUAGGGCAAGAUUCAGAUUGUACACCCAAGCUUCCACUUUUCUCCAAAACAGUACCACCCAUGAUGCAGUCACCUUAUCAUUCAGGGAUGCUAACGCCACCACUGCACACUUUAGCUUCAGUUCCAUUUCAAUGGGAGGAGGAGCCUGGGAAGCCUAGACCAUGCACCGCUCUCAUCGAACUCCCCAACCCUAAAAGCACUGAAACAAAGUGCUUAGAGCUUCCUCCAAGACUGUUCAUGGAAUCCACCACCAAAAUUACCAAAACACCCUCUCCCACCACAGUCUUGGAUGGACCUUAUGUGGGCGAACCCAAGUUCUCUUCUUCUUCAUUCAAAUCCCUCGGGGAGGCUAAAGGGUCUUUUGAUGGUUCUAGUAGCAAAAGUCCUGAGAAAGUACAGCUUAGAACUGUUGUUAUUUGCAAGAAAGGACACAAAAGAAGAGGUUUAUUUGAUUCUUGGGGAAAAAAGACUAUCACAUUUAAGGAUCGGAAGAAGGAAAUUGGAGAUGACAGUGCAGGGACGAAGGCUAAAAUUGGGAAAUUAACAAGAAAUGGAAGCUUUUCAAGCUUCACUCAAGCUAGGUCUCACAUUUGGGAUGCUAUAUAUGAAGGUUUCAAGAAACUGAUGCCGUGGAAGAAUAGAAAAUCAGACGAAGAAAAGCUUAAAGUUUAACUCUUUAUGUAUGAAACCUUAAGGACAACUAUAUAUAUAUAUAUAUAUAUAUAUAUUUGGAUGCUUGUUUGUAAUAAUUUUAAGGUCCUCGUACGAGUCUUACCUUGGUAUAAAACUUGUCAUAUCUUAUGGCAUGAAUUCUAAUUAGUCGAGUCUAAUAUGUCUUAACGAGCAUCACAUAUUUGAUAUGUUGAAAUGGAUAGAUUAGAUAAGUUCAUGAAAUGUACAAUAGUGCAAGAAGGAUUCAUUUCUAUGAUUUAAUUGACAAGUUAGGUCGCGAAAUAUGAACGUGGAAUGUUAAGUGCAGAAUUAUGUAACAUUAUUUUGGUAUUUACAUCUUGUAUAUGUUACUGAAAACUUAGUCUAGAAAGUUUGUUUGCAACAUUUUCA